UAAGAUUGCAGCUGAGAGAGGCACCAUGCAGCACCCUCCUCCCCCACAGAGGGACAAGCGGUAGGAAACAUUGAAUGGAUGGAUGGAUUAGUUUAUUUCAAAAGGGACAAUGCAAUUUCAUAAAACACAUGACUACACAUGGUUAAAAAAGCCAGAAUUAGCCAGAAGGCUAGUUUUCAUCUGUAGUCAUGAUGUAAAAAAGGCAGUAAAAUUGCAAUUUAAAAGAAAAAGAAAAGAAAAAAGCACACAAUACAUAUACGAUAUAAAAAUACAAAAUAAAAUACAACAUACCAACAUAACAUAUAUCUUAUUUAUAUCAUAAUAAAACUAAGAUAAACACAAGACCAGAUAUAAUAAGAGACAAGAUAACGUUUGUUGUUGGAAAACGAGUCCACCUCUUUUGGGAACAUUGUGCUUUACUUUGAAGGGCGGGUCACUCUAUUUCCGGUGCAUUUCCGGGUUAUUUGGCGCCGCUUCGCCUUGUGCAGCGGACGAAUUGAGCGAACAACGGAUGAGGUCUGGCGGAAGGAGAAGACGGAGAAAAAGAAGAAGUAGAGUCGGAGGGGGCGGAGGACGCGAUGGAGGGGGAGCUCCCUGAGAGAAACACCACACAACGGGCAUUCUAGCCGGGGAAGUGGCGGCGGUGGUGGUGGGCACUGAAGAAGGAAAAAGCGGGAUAAGUGUCGAGCAAGUUUGCAGCCGGAGCUUUGUUACCCACACCCCACACGUAGGACCCUCCAGUGGACCCCCCUGUGGCUGCGGUCCAACAGUCUCCUUCGCCCGAUGAAUGGAGUUGCCUUCUGCCUUGUUGGAAUACCUCCAUACGCCUCCGAGCACCACGCGAAAGGGCGGAGGGAUGGUCUCUCGUCGACCGCCGACAACCCUCGGCCGCCGAUGGCGUCCAGGCCGGGGAGGGAGGGCCUCAGCGCACCUUGGAAAGGCCCCCGGACGCUGGUCCUCCGCAAGAACUCUCAGGGUUUUGGCUUCACCUUGCGCCACUUUAUUGUUUACCCUCCAGAGUCCGCCCUGCACACUAACCUCAAGGAUGAGGAGAACGGCAAUGGAAAGGGGUUCCAGAAGGGAAGACUGGAGCCCAUGGACACCAUAUUUGUGAAAAAUGUGCGAGAGAAAGGUCCGGCACACCAGGCGGGCUUGUGCACAGGGGAUCGUCUGGUGAAAGUGAACGGGGAGAGCGUACUGGGAAAAACGUAUUCCCAGGUGAUCGCCCUCAUCCAAAACAGUGAGUGUGUGCUGGAGCUUUCCAUUAUGCCAAAAGAUGAAGACGUGCUUCAGUUGGCCUACUCCCAGGAUGCCUACCUGACCGGCAACGAGCCCUUUUUGGGGGGAGCUGAGAACCUCCCGCCGCCGCCGCCCCUGUGCUAUCCCUGCAGCAAGACCACGUCACCUGCAGGGGCACCGCCACCUGCCCCCAUGGGCCAAAACCAGCUGGAUAAUUGGAGUCGCUGGCCCGGUUCCUCCAGUCCCUCGUCACCCCUGGACAACCGUUCUACUGUCUGCAGCCCUGCCAGUUGGCAGGACGGGCAUUUGGGAGAGCUUGGCGGCAUGGGGCACAGCAGCCCAGCCCACCGCACAGAGGAGAUCCAGUAUGGUAUGACGGGCCAGCAGCCUCAGGGGCAAACCAGGGGACGCUCCUACUCGUCCUCCUCAUCUUCAGGAGGCCCUUUAUCAAGCCCCCUGCAGGUCCACUACCCCAACCACCAUGCGGCCAGCUCCACGCAGGCCCAUACUCGCAAGUCAAGCAGCUCGGCUUGGACCAGCCCACCGUUGCCCCACCUCAGUCACGGACACCCUGAACGCUGCCAACAGGCGCUGUCGGAGUGGUACUACAACCAAGUCCCCGAGCGCUCAGGGGGACGCAACAUACAGACGCGCCAGCGCAGCUACUCCCAGGACCGACUCAACGAUACCAGGAGGCAGCAACGUCAGCAGCGAGCAGACGGCUGGCCUCACAGCGCCUCCCAGGACACUCUGCUGUUACUUCAGCAGUCGGGACCAGGGCCACAAGGAGAGCCCUACUGGUCAUAUGGGGAGUGGGGUCCAGAUAGGGGCCAUCCUGCCUCGAACUACACUAGGACUCGCUCUGAAAAUCUGCUGGGACAGUAUGAUCGUCACGGACGCUCGUUAGAGAUGUUAGACCGAGCUGCAGCUGGACUGGUCUCGCCUCGGUGUGAGCGGUGGAACCAGCCGCCCAAGCCACCCCCUAGGACAGAUCUCCACCAAAAGCAUGGGGGUCAGUACCCUGCAAAACAAGCACCCCAGAUGCCUCGACACUCACAGCCAAACUCCAAACAACCCCAGCAGGCGCCCCCAAAGAACCGGCGACUUCCUUCAGGCCAGAGCAUGGACGACCAGCCUGUUGGCUACCGCAGCUAUAGCCCCUCAUUCUAUCGUAAGACGGGCCGCAUCAUGCAGCAAGCCCAAUCUUUCAGAGACCCUUCGUACUCUGGCCCCCACCUCAACUGGAACACCAGCCCGCCAGAGGGUGCGCCAGCCACCUCACCCGCCCCCCUCCUCACCUCGCCUGAAUCCCAGGACAGAGCAUACAGGCCCACCAACCACGAGAGGGAGCGAGGGUCAACGGCGGAGGUGGUUGCGGCGCAGACCCAGGAAGUGGUAAUGCGGCAGAAGCCUCCCAGUGGACGGCGGAACGCCCACGGCAUGCGGCACCCCCACUACGCUCUCCCGAUGGACGGCCUGGAGCCCUCCUUGUUUUCUCCGGAGCCCCCAGACUCAGCACCCGCCUCCAGCUCCUCGGGAGAGACAGUGCCAUGUAAGGCAAAUGGCAGCCUUGUCCCGCUGUCCCUCGAGGAUGACUCGCUGGCGUCCAUCCCCUUCAUCGAUGAGCCCACCAGCCCCGGUGCUGACUUGCGCGCCCGCCACGUGCCGGCGUCCUCCGUGGUCUCCAGUGGCAUGAGUUCGGCGCCCGCCGCGGUCUCCAGCCCCGCUUCCCCCACCUUCACCUUCCCCGCCACUAGGCUCUUCUCACAUGACUGCACCAUCACCUCUGAGCGAUCCAAGUCCUGCGACGAGGGGCUCAACACCUUCCGGGAGGAGGGACGCGUCUUCUCGAGGCUACCAAAGAGAGUCAAGAGCUUCUUCACAGAUGGGUCUCUGGACAACUUGGGGACGGAAGAGGAGAGGCGCUCUAAACGACACUCCACCUCGGAGCUGGGGAACAUCAAGUACGACAUGCGACGACAAGGGUGGCUGCACUACAAACAGAUCCUCACGGAGAAGGGCAAGAAGGUGGGCAGCGGCAUGCGGCCGUGGAAGCUCUUCUUCUCGGUGCUGCGCUCCCAUUCGCUCUUCCUCUACAAGAACAAGCGGGAAGCGGUGCUCAGCGGCGUCAACGUGGGGGGCGGCGCCGAGGACGAGCAACCCAUCAGCAUCCGGGGAUGCCUGGUGGACAUCGCCUACAGCGAGACCAAGCGCAAGCACGCCCUGCGGCUCACCACGCAGGACUACUGCGAGUACCUGCUGCAGGCGGAGAACCGCGAGGACAUGCUGGACUGGAUCAAGGUCAUCCGGGAGAACAGCAAGACCGACAGUGAGGAGUUUGGACAUUCCAGGCAGGCGCUCAUUAACAAGAAGCUAAACGACUAUAGGAAACAGAGCCCUACAGGAAGUAAGCCAGAUGCUUCACCCAGGAUGGCCCGCAUGAAGCCUCCCUUCCUGCUCGCCAAGACGGAGAACGCUGUGGGGAUGCCGCGCUCGCCCAAACCAGACGGCAAAGACGAGAGCAGCCCCCCCAAGUCUCCAUGGGGAAUCAACAUCAUGAAGAAGACCAAGAAGGCCGGCCCUAAAGCGUUUGGCGUGAGGCUGGAGGAGUGCCAGCCAGGAGUCAACAACAAGUUCAUCCCGUUGAUUGUGGAGAUCUGCUGCGGCCUGGUGGAGGAGAUGGGUCUGGAAUACACCGGCAUCUACCGGGUGCCGGGCAACAACGCCAUGGUGAUACUGCUGCAAGAGCAACUCAACAAGGGCGUCGACAUCAAUCCGGCAGAGGAGAAGUGGCAGGACCUCAACGUUGUCAGCAGUUUACUAAAAUCCUUCUUUCGGAAACUUCCAGAGCCACUCUUCACCAACGACAAGUACAACGAUUUCAUCGAUGCCAACAGACUGGAAGAUGCGUCAGACAGAUUGAAGACAAUGAAGAAGAUGAUCCGAGAUCUUCCAGAUUAUUAUUACCACACUCUGAAGUUCUUAGUGUGUCACCUGAAGACGGUGGCGGACCAUUCUGAUAAAAACAAGAUGGAGCCACGUAACCUGGCUCUGGUGUUCGGGCCGACUCUGGUGCGGACGUCCGAGGACAACAUGAAGGACAUGGUGACACACAUGCCCGACCGCUACAAGAUAGUGGAGACGCUCGUCCAACAUUACAUCUGGUUUUUCAGCGACGAGCCCGAUAAGGAUGAAAAGACGCCGGUGGACACGGAGGACGUGCAGCCCGCCCCCAACAUCGACCACCUGUUGUCCAACAUCGGGCGGACGGCUCUGCUCGGGGACGCCUCAGACUCCACCAACAGUGACUCAGCCAAAUCAAAGGGCUCGUGGGGGUCCAAGAAGGACCUGACCGCCAAGGACAUCCUCACCCUGUCCAUCAUGUCCGCCGUCACGGGCCGCAAGCGCAGGAAGCGGCACGGCGCUCGCCGCGUGGGCAGCAGCACUGACGACGACUCGGAGCACGAGCCCGUCAAGGCGGGACACCUGGGCGCCGAGGAGGAGGAGGAGGAGGCGGAGUUAGCCGUGGGAGACACGGCUCCUCGUGCGGAGGUGGAGGAGGAUGACGAGGAGGAGGAGGAAGAGGAAGAGGAAGAAGAGGAAGUCGUGCAGGCGGAGGUGAAAGAAGAGCCGGCGCCUCCUGGUCCCAGCAAGGAGGAAGAGGAGGCAGGAGGAAGGUCGAGCCAGGCCAAGGAGCCGGCAUGGCGGGCGCCCGAGGACGCGCGCUCCAUCGUGUCGGGCUACUCCACCCUCUCCACGCUGGGGCGGAGCCUGGGCUACGAAGGAAGGGCGGAGGACGCCGACGACGAACACAGCGAGCUGGUGAGCGAGACGGACAACGAGAGCGGCUUCGCCUCGCGCUCCCUCACGCAGGAGCGCCCCGAGAAGCGCAUGGCGGUGCCGCCCCCCGUCCCGCCCAAACCCUCCACGCUAGCCGCCGCCGCCGUCACCCUCCCGCCCGCCGCGGACUGCGAAGGAGGGGCGAGAUCCACCACGCCUUCGUCCUCGUCCUCGUCCUCGGCACACAGGGUUCACUCGCGGCCGUCCUUCAGCUCGCACAAGCUGAUCCUGUGCGACACGCUCGCCCGCAAGAAGAUGAAGGGCGAAAAGGCUCGCUCGCUCGACCUGCUGCACGGCGCCGCGCAGGAUGUUAGUCCCAGGACGAGGCGAGAGUCCAGACCCCACCCCUCCUCAGGAAGCAGCCAGGAGAGUCUUCGGACCCGGUCGGCCGCACUGCCGCCGCCGAGCGAGGCCGCCUCCUUCGCGCCCGCCGCCAAGUCUCUCGCCGACCAGGUGCGCGCCCGCCUGCUGGGCUCGGCCGACGACCUGCGCAGCGUCGGCCUCCGCAAGCCACUCUCGCCCGAAAGCCGGCGGAAGAGGCGGGCCUGGCGCCGCCACACGGUGGUGGCGUCCCCGACCGAGACGUGCGACAAGCAGCCGCCGCCGCUGACCGUCACAGAGUUCCCGCUCUCCCCCGUCGGCGCUAAGACGGAAGACGGCUGCGAGCGGGGGCCUUCGGGCCGCCACGCGCCCACCUCCAGGUUCCACCAGUACCUGUGAGUCCCGGUGGCGAGCGUCCGCGCCGAGCUGCGGGUCAGCCGCCAUCUUGUUAUGUUUCCAAACUCACGCUUGUUGUGUACAGCAGGGGGCGCCAAAGCUCCUUUCAACGUUGCCAAAGCUCUUUUUUGUUCUCUUCCUUCUUCACGUUCUUUCCAAAAUAGCAAAACAGCAGAUAUGCAAAAGUCUUGGGUCACAUCCAUCCACCAAUUCUGUCAUUUGUGCAGUACCUGCAAAGCACCAGUGGGGGUGCUGUUGCAACUCUUUAAAAGAGCUCCUUUUGCUUCCAAUUGUAAACGCAGUCAUUUUUAUGAAACACUUUCCUGUCAUCUGAAAUUAGUAUUAAAUGUAGGAAAACGAUUUUUAAAGUCAAGUACAAUAGUAAAUAUUAACACACUUCCUGCUUCUUUUUGGUGGAUUUUAUUCACAGAAAGACUACAAAAUGAAUGACUAUUAGUAAGCUGCAACAACUCAAUGUGACUCAGGACUUUAGCACACGGCAAAAUAUUCCCACCUUUUAGGAAAAAAGGUCAACAAAAUACAUUUCAUCACUUCCUGUUUUGUUUUUUUGUCUUUUGUAACAUUUGUACAAAGUUGUUUUUAAAGUUGUAAAUAUCAACGUUUGUUUUGACCUUUUCUUAAUAAUAAUAAUAAUAAUCUUUGUUUUUAUGGUUUACAAACGUGUGCACACAAACACACACGCCGUCAUUUCUCUCAAGACUUGAAAUGCUCCCUUAAUAUAUUGUUUGUUUAUAUUCACUAUAUAUAUAUGACAUAUAUAUAUAUAUAUAUAUGUUUUGUAAGUAAGUCGUGCUGUGACGUCACAUGUCAGAUGUGUAGCGAGAUGCGACGAGACUUGACGUGUUUUCCCGACAAACUUUUUGUCCCGCCUCGUCUUUACGGAUCUACGUGAUCGGCAAACUGCUUUGGUGAGGUGUUUAGCACCGGGGGUGGAAAGACGAGUAAAAGUAUGCGUCCUAAAAGUUGACACCCAUUGAAAAAAUACCUGAGUAGUUUAGUUUGACUGUCAAUCACAGAGGAAACCAAAAUGUGUUGUCUAAAGGCUGGAAUUUAGACCGUUUACAAGUUGUGUGAGUGUGUAACUUUAAUGCUAAUGUGCGUACUUGACCCACUUUUUACAUACACACUAAGGGUGUGAAUCUUUGGGCACUGAACAAUUUGAUUCAGAAUCGAUUCCCGAUUCAAACCGAUUCCUCGCAACGUAUUGUUAAGUAUAAUAAUUAUUAUAAAACUUUUUCUAAAACCGGUUACUGGCUUUAAAGGCUCCUUCUGGUUGCAUGGAGAUGGCCUAAAAAUUUUUUUUUUUUAAAUGUAUUUUUAUUUAAAAUUUUUUUAAAUUGAUUGAUUUAAAAAUUUUUUAUGACAAACAUCAAAACGAUCAAAUGUACAACACCCGCAUCUGAAGCUUACUGCUUUAUUUUAAGAUGUGUAGCGAAGCCUCUUUUUUUCUUUUCUUUUUUUUAACAAAACCUUUCGGUUUGUCCUUUCAUGGCGUAUUUAAAUGCGGCAGCUUCAAAAGCAAGUGUUUGAGCGCCUCUUCUAGGGGAGACGAUGCACUUUUCUCACGUUUGCCGCUCAUAAACCUACGGAGCCUUAAAGGGACAUG